GGAAGAGGAGGAGCUGCUGCUGCUGCUGCCCGAGGCCCAGCCCGGUCGGAGGGAGGACGGGGAUGCCUCCGGUGUGGCCCCUCCGGCCCUUGGGGCUGUGACCCCCGGGGGAAACUGAGUCACCCCGGCCCCUGGGCGGGCCUGCUUUCCCCCGGUAAAGAUGGCGGUGCGGGCCGGCUGCUCCCUUUAGCCCCAUGACUGUCCGCAACCUCGCCUCCCUCUGUAACAUGGGCACCAAUGCCUCGGCUCUGGAGAAAGACAUCGGCCCAGAGCAGUUUCCCAUCAACGAGCACUACUUCGGACUGGUCAACUUUGGGAACACCUGCUACUGUAACUCGGUGCUGCAGGCCCUGUAUUUCUGCCGCCCGUUCCGGGAGAACGUGCUGGCCUACAAGGCCCAGCAGAAGAAGAAGGAGAACCUGCUGGCCUGCCUGGCCGACCUCUUCCACAGCAUCGCCACUCAGAAGAAGAAAGUGGGGGUCAUCCCGCCCAAGAAGUUCAUCUCCCGGUUGCGGAAAGAGAAUGACCUCUUCGACAACUACAUGCAGCAGGACGCCCACGAGUUCCUGAAUUACCUGCUGAACACCAUCGCCGACAUCCUGCAGGAGGAGAAGAAGCAGGAGAAGCCGAACGGGAAAGCGCGAAACGGUCCCCCGGGCGAGGGCGGGGAGAACGACAAGCCGGAGCCGACGUGGGUCCACGAGAUCUUCCAGGGGACGCUGACCAACGAGACGCGGUGCCUCAACUGCGAAACGGUCAGCAGUAAAGAUGAAGACUUUCUGGACCUUUCCGUGGAUGUGGAGCAGAAUACGUCCAUCACUCACUGCCUGAGAGACUUCAGCAACACGGAGACCCUGUGCAGCGAGCAGAAGUAUUACUGUGAAACCUGCUGCAGUAAACAGGAGGCCCAGAAAAGGAUGAGGGUGAAGAAACUCCCGAUGAUCCUGGCGCUCCACCUCAAGAGGUUCAAGUACAUGGAGCAGCUGCACCGCUACACCAAGCUGUCCUACAGGGUGGUCUUCCCGCUGGAGCUCCGGCUCUUCAACACGUCCAGCGACGCCGUCAACCUGGACCGCAUGUAUGACCUGGUGGCCGUGGUGGUGCACUGUGGCAGCGGCCCCAACCGGGGCCAUUACAUCACCAUCGUGAAAAGUCACGGCUUCUGGCUCCUGUUUGACGAUGACAUCGUUGAGAAGAUCGACGCCCAAGCCAUCGAGGAGUUCUACGGCCUGACGUCGGACAUAUCCAAAAACUCCGAGUCCGGAUACAUCUUGUUCUACCAGUCCAGGGAGUGAGCCCCCGACCUGCCGGACCGCGUCCCGGGGCCGGGGGUGGGGGGAGCGCCGAAGCGGACCCCCGCCGGUGCCCAGGUCCCGACGGCCCUCUCCUCCGACCUCCGCCGGAUGCCACGUGAGCAGCUCCCGGGCUCCUUGCCCCUCGCGGGCAUCUGUGGGUGGCGGCGGCGGCGUGGCCAGCCAGCCUGGGGUUCGGCGGUGGGAGACCAGCGCGGGAGGGACCCCACCCAAGCGAGAGCGAGAACCAUCAGCCUUCCGCCCACCUUCCACUCGAGGACCCGGCGUGACGGCGUUCCCCAAGUCCGAGCCCCCUCAGCUGGGCUCCCUGCUCCGAGCGCGCCUUAGGCCCGUGGCCUUCCGCGGAUCCCAGGAGACGGGAAACGCCGCCAUGACCGUCCCGCCUGGUUGGGGCCGGACGCUCCAGACGUUCCUUCCAAGCCCCCUCCAAGGGGGUCCGGGCGGCCCGCGGGAGCGUGAUCCGGGGCCGACUUCUCCGGGGUGCCCCGGGACCGGUGCAGCAGGAAGCGGAGCCAGGAGGGAAGAGGUGGGGCCGGUUUGGGUGUGGGGCAGAGGAGAAACCUCAUCUCAUUCUAUUUCCUCCUCCCGUUUUGUAUUUCCUGUGUAUUUAUUAGAAGGCCCGUCACCCGGGACCUUUCUCUGCCCAGGGGGCGGCUGCGAUGUGGACCUUUGGCCAGGAUUUUGUUGUGCUCCCCUCUUUUCCUCCUCCCCUCCGACCCCCACCGCAAGUGAUACCUGUAGCGCUUCUGAGUCCAGCACUCGGCUUCCGUCCAGCUGAGGUCCCGGAGUCCUUUAGGCUAAAAUCUACCGUGACCAGGACCUGGUUUUGUCACCUUACCUGCCCUCAGGGCGCCAACCUAGGCUGCAAGGUGGGCUGACGUCCGGCGGGAAGCAGCCCAAGGCCCAGUGGCCUCUAAACGAGCCGGCACUUUAGGCGAGCAAGUGGGUCCCCCCGUCUCCAUCAUUAGAGGCAGGGAUGGGAGCCAGAACGCUGCGAUGCCAGGGAGACCUGCCUUUGUUCAGGAUCCGCACCCAAGGAUCUCCCGGCCUCUCUGGGUUUCCCAAAGGAGCAGCUGCUGGGAUUUACUGAGCACCUCCGGUGUACAGAGCACUAUCCUGAGCACCCGCUGUGCGCACAGCGCGAGAUUGGGUGCGUACUGAGUACGGAGCUCUGAACUGUGCACGUGCCGUGCGCAGAACACUUUACUGGGCAUCUACUGUUUGUGCAGAACACUGUACUGGGCAUCCUCUGUGUGCGAAACGUCGUACGGAGCGCCUGGGAGAGGACAAUGGGAAAUGCACUUUCUAGUGGGAAGAGGACUCGCGUGGAAGGAGCGUGGCCUGGAGGGAGGGGCCAGAUCACGGCCGCUACCCCGUUUGGAGCGGACGACGAUUUGCUUUUGUGGGAAAGGUGAUUAAAAACCCUAUUUGAAUGUC